ACUAACUUAUCAAGCUUUCGUCAAAUUAAAAUGGUUAUGCAACGUCGUGGACCGCCUCGUGGAAUUAACAAAUCUGAUCAGAAUCAAUCGUUUAAUGGUAGUCAAGGCCGUGGAUUUAAUGGACGUGGUCGUGGAGGAGGUCGAGGGGAUUCAAAUGGACAGGGCAGGGGAGGAUCUCGUCCUCAGGUUGAGACUGCUGUUAGUCAUUUUAACUACAGCGGUGGACGUGGUGGUUUGUCUCAAACAAUCCAGGUUAAACGUUUGCCUUCUUACGUGCCUCCACAGCCAAAAGUUCCGUCUGAAGCUUUGCCUGAAGUUGGCUUUGAUUCGUCUGCGCGAAUGGACACCACCGCUCCAUGGAUUACCAAGACUGACAACAUUCCAAUAAAAUCUCCAGUGGAGAAUAAGCCUGUUCCGUUUGGAGGUAAUGCUGCUGUGGCUUUUCAAACUCAACCGGAUAUUGUUCAUGAACCGACAUCAAAGACCAUUGUCGAGUGUUCUGCGUCUGUUAUGAGUGGAGGGACGGCUACUUCGGGUAUCAACAGUGGAAGUGUUGCUCCGACAAAUCUUUCCACUUCGCAAUGUCAAGGAUGUACUCUUCUUCAUCAGCGUGUGGCCACUAUGCUUCGAACUGCGGCAACCACGUUUAUUGAGAUGGCGGAUGCUUUCCAGGAGAUUCAACAGGGGAAGAACAACAACAAUUGAA